UCCUCUCUUUGGAAACCGUGUGUAAGAGUCUUGCUUGACGACUCGUCUCUGCCCUUAGCAACAGGGACGCACCAACACCGCCCAACGGAGAAUGAAUGUGUGUUAAAAGACGGAGUUAAACCUACCGCAAGUCUAAAAAAACAAAGAUAGGCGUGUCCGGAUUUUCCGGGACAUAAAUCUUUGAAGAUGUACUCGGAGGAUGCACGCUAUUUGAAAAGGAGGGUGACAGGCGGUGACGUGGAUGUCCACCCCACGGAGAAAGCCCUGGUGGUGCAGUACGAGGUGGAGGCGACCAUCCUGGGGGAGAUGGGGGAGCCCAUGCUCGGGGAACGCAAGCAGUGUCACAAGAUAAUUCGCCUCAAGAGCCUGAAUGCCCAUACAGAUAUAACUUCUCUGGCUCGGAAAGUGGUGGAGGAAUGCAGACUGAUCAGCCCCUCCAAGCUGCCUCAAGUGGAACAGCUCUUGUUCUACUUACAGAAUCGUCGUAAAACUGAUGGUAAAGACAAGAAAGAGCAAAACAAGCCCGUCAAGCCAAGGGAACUGACUCCUUUUGAAGGAAUGGAGAUUGACGAGGAAGCCAGCAUCAACAACAUAGAAGACUAUGUGGAGCUACUCUAUGAAGAUAUCCCAGAGAAGGUUCGGGGCUCUGCCCUCAUCCUCCAGCUUGCCCGCAAGCCUGACAAUCUUGAGGAGCUCUUGCAGAAUGAGACAGCCCUGGGAGCCUUGGCCAGAGUCCUCAGGGAAGACUGGAAGCAGAGUGUGGAGCUGGCCACCACCAUCAUCUACAUCUUUUUUUGUUUCUCAAGUUUCUCCCAGUUCCAUGGGUUGCUCACCCACUAUAAGAUCGGAGCACUGUGCAUGAACAUCAUUGACCAUGAGUUGAAGAGGUAUGACCUGUGGCAGGAGGAGCUCCAGAAAAAGAAGGCGGCUUAUGAAGAUAAUCCUGACAACCAGAACCCAAAAAAGGACUAUGAAAAAUCUUUCAAGAAGUACCAAGGCCUUCUAAUAAAGCAGGAGCAGCUACUGCGAGUGGCUUUGUACCUUCUGCUCAACCUAUCUGAGGACAUGCGCACAGAGCUCAAGAUGAGGAAUAAGAACAUCGUCCACAUGUUGGUGAAGACUUUGGACAGGGAGAAUGCAGACCUGCUUGUCCUAGUGGUGUCUUUUCUCAAGAAGCUCAGUAUAUUCCUGGAGAACAAGAAUGACAUGGCUGAAAUUGAUACCAUUGAAAAGCUGGCCAAACUGGUUCCAUGUGAACAUGAGGACCUGCUGAACGUCACCCUGCGCCUCCUCCUCAACCUCUCCUUCGACGCAGACCUGCGGGGCAGGAUGGUGCAGGCGGGUCUGCUGCCCAAACUCACCGCGCUGCUGGGUAACGAAGCCCAGAAACACACAGUGAUGAGGAUUCUGUACCACAUCAGCAUGAAUGACAGAUCCAAGUCCAUGUUUGCCUACACAGACUGCAUUCCGCAGCUGAUGAAGAUGCUCUCUGAGUGUGCAGAGGAGCGCGUGGACACCGAGCUCAUCUCCUUCUGCAUCAACCUGGCGGCCAAUAAGAGAAAUGCCCAACUCAUGUGCGAAGGAAAUGGUAUGAAGAUGCUGAUGAAGAGGGCCUUGAAACUGAAGGAUCCUCUUCUGAUGAAAAUGAUAAGGAACAUUUCCCAGCACGAUGGUGCGACUAAGCAGCUGUUUAUAGACUAUGUAGGGGACCUGGCAGCACAGAUUGGGCCAGGUGAGGUGGAGGAAUUUUUGAUUGAGUGCUUGGGUACGCUGGCCAACCUCACCAUUCCAGACUUAGACUGGGAGCUGGUCCUGAAGGAGUACAAUCUGGUACCCUACCUGAAAGACCACCUCAAGCCUGGAUCAGUUGAGGACGACCUCAUCCUGGAGGUGGUGAUCAUGAUUGGGACUGUCUCCAUGGAUGACUCAUGUGCCGCCAUGUUGGCCAAGUCUGGUAUCAUUCCAGCACUCAUUGAGCUGCUUAAUGCCCAACAGGAAGAUGAUGAGUUUGUUUGUCAGAUCAUCUAUGUCUUCUACCAGAUGGUUUUUCACCAGGCAACCAGAGACGUCAUCAUGAAGCAGACCCAAGCUCCAGCUUACCUCAUUGACUUGAUGCACGACAAGAAUGUGGAAAUCAGAAAGGUCUGCGACAACACCCUGGACAUUAUUGCUGAGUAUGAUGAGGAGUGGGGGAAGAAGAUCCAGAGCGAGAAGUUUCGCUGGCACAACUCACAGUGGCUGGAGAUGGUGGAGAACCAGCAGACUGACGAGGCUGAUUCCUUUCUUCACGACAGUGACAUCCUGGGGAGGCCUGACCUCUUCUACAGCACCGAUGGAAUAAUCCCAGCCGAAGGACCGGUCAGCGCCGAAUUUUUCAGGAACUUCCACACCCUCAACGGGGACCUGGCAGCACAGCAGGUUUACUCUGUCAGCAUGGCUGAUGACGGAUUUGGACAAGCCGCUGGAACUCCAGGCCGUCCAGUCACAGCCUACGGGUAUCGCCCGGACGAGCAGUUCUACUGCGGAUUCAGACCCUCUAGACAAAACUACUAAGGCCAUUUUGAUGUUGGGUUCAAACUGUCGUGUGUGCUGUUUCUGAGUGAGAGUGCAGUUAUUUAAUUGCUCUGCCCGAGCUGUGCAUUCCAGGAAUUAUUAGCGCAUUUCUUCGUAUUGUUUUAGUUCCUUCUUGUUUUUUAUAUUGUUAUAGUUUAAGUAUGGUUAAGAUAUAAAGUGUUGCGCUGAAGUAGCCGUGCAUGAUUUCAUGGCAAACUAAGUUGACUAUAUUAGCGCACUAACAUAAAUGUUAGUCUUUUAUUGUACUUGUGUCACUAAAGCAAUAAUGUAAUUAAAGGGCAUUAUCAUCAUGGUAUGGGUUUCGAGUGUCACUGUACGUGGAGCGUUUUCUAUUAGUACCGGAAGCAUACGGAGAAAUCUGUAUAAGUCUGCUGUGUUAAUGUGUGCGCGCUCUUCUUCUGAAGGAAACAAAAUGGAUGUGAGCCUGGAAACACACUGCCGUUUUCUGUUUUUUAACACAGGAAUCGUGUUUUGU